AUCACUUACAGCACACGCAGGCGCACUGCCCUUACUUGUGUCAAACAUGGCUGUGCUUUUGGAGAAAGAAAAAUGCUGAAUUGUCUUGGUAGAGGUCGUAAAUCGAACCAAACAUGGCGAGGCUGGUUGAUUAUUUCAUUGUCGUGGGAUACGAUCAUGAAAAGACUGGUUCUGGAGAGGGAUGUGGAAAAAUAAUCCAGCGCUUCCCAGAAAAAGACUGGGCUGAUACAACAUUUCCUCAGGGGGUUGAGAUGUUUUGCCAGCCAGGCGGAUGGAAGCUGUCCCGGGAGAGGAGACCGCCCACUUUCUUCGUGGUGGUUCUGACCGACAUUGAUUCGGACAGACACUACUGCGCAUGCCUGACGUUCUUCGAGGCAGAGAUCAAUCUUCAGGGAUCAAAGCAUGAAGAGGCAGAUGGCGAUGAGGAUGAGAUGGAGAAUGGCCUUAUCCAGCCUGCCCAAGUGUUUGCACCAAAAAGUCUUAUCCUAGUCUCCAGACUCGACUUCCCAGAAAUAUUCAGGGGUUGCCUUGGCCUGAUCUACACUGUGUACAUCGACAGCCUCAAUUUUCCUCUGGAGGGUCUAGUCGCAAACCUCUUUACAUGCCUCGUGCCAGUGGCUGGUGGUUCUCAGAAGUUGUUUUCUCUUGGAGCAGGGGACAGACAGCUCAUACAGACUCCACUGAAUGAUAAUCUUCCUGUUACAUGCAAAAGUGUGGCCCUUCUGUUUCAGCAACUUGGAAUUCAGAAUGUGCUGAGCCUGUUUUGUGCAGUUCUGACAGAACAUAAAGUUCUCUUUCACUCCACAAGCUACCAGCGGCUUGGAGAUGCCUGCAGGGCACUCGAAUCGUUAAUGUUCCCACUGAAGUAUAGCUACCCUUACAUUCCAAUACUUCCUGCACGGCUGCUCGAAGUCUUGAGUUCCCCGACGCCUUUUAUUAUAGGAGUGCACUCCAUGUUCCAGAGUGAAAUCCAAGAGCUGCUGGAUGUUAUUAUUGCUGACCUGGAUGGAGGGACAAUAAAGAUCCCCGAGUGCAUUCAUCUCUCCCAGCUCCCAGAGCCUCUGCUCUGCCAGACACAGAAGGCUCUCUCCAUGGUUUUAAACCCAGACUUAGAAGUUGCAGAUCAUGCUUUUCCACCUCCGCGCUCUGCUUCAUCCAAUAUUAAAUUGCUGGACAAGGAGGUGCGCGCGGUAUUCCUCCGGUUGUUUGCGCAGCUUUUUCAGGGGUAUCGAUCAUGCUUGCAGUUGAUUCGUAUCCACUCAGAGCCCGUUAUACACUUUCAUAAGACGGCCUUUCUUGGACAACGAGGUCUGAUCGAGAACGAUUUCCUGACCAAAGUCCUUGAUGGAAUGGCAUUUGCUGGCUUUGUUUCAGAGAGGGGCCCUCCGUACAGAGCCUGCGAUCUGUUUGACGAGUUAGUUGCCUUUGAUGUUGAGAGAUUCAAAGAGGAGGAGGAGAGCCCAGCAAAGUUACUGAAACACACUCGGGAGCUUGCAGAGCAGCUUAAUAAAAAUGAAAACCCCAAUCCUCACAUGGCUUUCCAGAAAGUGCCUAGACCUACGGAAGGCUCCCACCUGCGCGUGCAUGUGAUGCCCUUUCCCAAGCUGAAUGAGGAAAGAGUCCAGACGCUGGUCCAGGAGGGACUGGCCAAGCUCCACAUAAACCCCCUUCCUGGCCGGGUAGAAAAGAAAUGCAUUGUGCCCGCCGGGCCCGCCGUGGUCUCAAUAAUGGCCAAAACGGGAUCAGUUUUCAACAGUGCGAGGAGACUGGAAGUAGUAAGGAGUUGUAUUGCGUUCGUAUUUGACAAUAAGAUACUCGAGACGGAGAAGACCCUGCCAGCUGCCCUCCGCGCUCUGAAGGGGAAGGCUGCCCGCCACUGCCUGACUGAGGAGCUCAGUCUGCAUGUUCAGCAAAACCGAGCCCUCCUGGAUCACCAGCAGUUUGACUAUAUCGUGCGGAUGAUGAAUUGCGCAUUACAGGACUGUUCCAGCUCUGAGGAGUACACGGUGGCUGCUGCACUUCUGCCCCUGACAACAGCCUUUUAUCGGAAACUGGCUCCAGGUGUAAACCAGUUCGCCUACACUUGUGUACAAGAUCAUCCCAUUUGGAUGAACCAACAAUUCUGGGAAGCUACAUUUUACAGUGAAGUACAGAACCAGAUCCGAGCCCUGUACCUCACUACAUUAGAGGGCAAACCAGGCAUUAGUAUGAAAUUGAAGGAGAGAGGCCCUGCAGCUCAGGACCUGGAGCGGACUGCCAUGGACCUGGCGGCAGAGCAGAUGCGCGCCUGGCCGGCCCUCAGCAAGGAGAAGCAGCAGGAACUGGUCCAGAACGAGGAGAGCACCGUUUUCAGCCAGGCCAUCCACUACGCCAGCCUCAUGGUCUACCUGCUGGUGCCCCUGGAUGCCAGCAAGAACAAGCUGCUGAAGAGCUCGGCCGCUGGGGACUGGGAGAGUGGGAGCAACAGCAUCGUGACCAACAGCAUUGCUGGCAGUGUGGCCGAAAGCUAUGACACUGAGAGUGGGUUUGAAGACUCGGAGAACAGCGACAUAGCGAACUCAGUAGUGAGGUUCAUCACCCGCUUUAUAGACAAGGUCUGCACAGAAAGCGGAGUCACUCAGGACCACAUCAAGAACUUGCACAGCAUGAUACCGGGCAUUGUGGCCAUGCAGAUGGAGACUUUAGAAGCUGUUCACCGGGAAAGCAGACGACUACCUCCAAUACAGAAGCCCAAGAUCUUGCGUCCAGCGUUGCUCCCUGGAGAGGAGUUUGUUUCAGAGGGUUUGCGUGUGGUUCUGGACCCUGAUGGCCGCGAAGAGGCGACAGGGGGAUUACUGGGUGGCCCACAUAUCCUUCCAGCAGAGGGCGCCCUUUUCCUCACCAGUUACAGGAUCAUCUUUAAAGGCACGCCGCAUGAUCCAUUAGUGGGCGAACAGGCUGUGAUCCGGAGUUUCCCAGUCUCCACUCUGACAAAGGAAAAGAGGAUCACAAUCCAGAACCAGCUGCAGCAGAGCAUGCAGGAGGGGCUGCAGAUGAGAUCAGCCUCUUUCCAGCUUAUUAAGGUUGCGUUCGAUGAAGAGGUGACCUCCGAAAUGGUGGAGAUCUUCAAGAAGCACCUCCAGAGAAUCCGCUACCCCCAGUCCAUCUUCAGCACUUUCGCUUUUGCAGCAGGGCAGACGGCACCCCAGCUCGUUCUUCCCAAGCAGAAGGAAAAGAACACCUCAUUCCGCACGCUUUCGAAGACUCUGGUGAAAGGCGCGAAAAAGGCAGGGAAGAUGACCAUUGGGAGGCAGUACUCUGCAAAGAAGAAGACUGGCACCCUUGUGGAUGAGAAAGGCAAUCACAUGGCAUGGAAUGAAGAUGACAAUAUCUCAGUGUCGGAUGAUGGGGAGCUUCCCACCAGCAGCACACUAAAGGCCUCAGAGAAAUCCACCAUGGAGCAGCUUGUAGAGCGAGCUUGUUUCCGUGACUACCAGCGCCUGGGUUUGGGUACCAUCAACACCAGCUCUUCACGCACGAAGCCUGAACAGUUCCGAGUCACUGCCAUCAACAGGAUGUACUCCUUAUGUCGCAGCUAUCCUGGGCUGCUGGUGGUGCCACAGUCUGUGCAGGACAGUAGCCUGCAGAAGGUUGCUCGCUGUUACCGGCACAACCGCCUGCCUGUCGUCUGCUGGAGACACUCCAAGACCAAGGCUGUGCUCUUGAGGUCUGGGGGCUUCCAUGGCAAGGGGGUGGUAGGGCUCUUCAAAUCCCAGAACCCCAGCACUGCAGCUCCAGCUUUAUCAUCCGAAUCCUCCAGCAGCCUUGAACAAGAGAAGUAUCUUCAAGCUAUAUUGAGCGCAAUCCCCAUCUACUUCAAAGCGAACGGCAAUAACACUCUCACAAACCGCUCUCUCAUAGCCCUCUCCCCAGGCAAUGACAGGCGAACGUCAAGAAUCCCAAAGGUGGCACCUGUACAUUUGGAUGUUCACUUCUCCAAUAGUUUUACGAGAGGAGUUCUUGGGUACAGGGAUAAACUAUUCCAAAACUAUAACCAAAAACCUGCCUCUAAGGGAAGAAUCCAGACUCAAGGUGUCUGGGCCAGCCUGCGCUCCAGCAGUCGCUUCCAUCACCCGCCCCCCACAGCCAGCGCCGGCGCCAGGCUGGCUGGCCGAGACCUGGCCCCCCCCGCCGGCAGCGAGAGCCUGCAGAACCAGCUCCUGAAACAGCAGGCCGCCCUCUACAUCUUCGGAGAGAAGUCGCAUCUGAGGGGGUUCAAGCUGGACUUGUCACUGAACUGCGAGCUGGUGCCCAUGGAGUUUGCAGAUACCAGGCAGGUGAAAGGAGCAUUCAAGAAGCUUCUGCGGGCUUGCGUGCCCAGCUCUGCGCCCGCUGACAGCGAAGAUACCUUUCUCAGGGCGCUCGAGGAGUCAGAAUGGAUGCUGCAGCUUCACAAGAUGCUGCAGCUCGCUGGGAUCCUGGUGGAGUUACUGGACAGUGGUUCCUCUGUGAUGCUCAGUGUGGAGGAUGGCUGGGACAUCACAACCCAGGUUGUUUCUCUAGUUCAGCUGCUCAGUGACCCCUUCUACAGAACCCUGGAAGGUUUCCAGGUCCUGAUCGAGAAGGAAUGGCUGUCCUUUGGCCACAAGUUCAGCCAACGCAGUAACCUGACUCCUAACAGCCAGGGCAGUGGCUUCACCCCGAUCUUUCUCCAGUUCCUGGACUGUGUGCAUCAGAUACACAACCAGUAUCCCAUGGACUUUGAAUUCAACCAGCACUACCUGAAGUUCCUGGCUUAUCACUACGUCUCAAAUCGCUUUAAAAACUUCCUUUUGGAUUCAGAUUAUGAACGUCUAGAACAUGGGACAUUGUUUGAGGAUAAGGGAGACAAGCAGGCCAAGAAAGGAAUAUGCAUCUGGGAGUUCAUUAACAGAAUGCACAAGAGGAGCCCUGUGUUCUUUAACUACCUUUAUGGACAGUCAGAAGUAGAGCAAGUCCUAAAGCCCUGUAUCAACAUCUCGAACCUGACUAAGUGGGAUUACUACACUGCGGAGACCCUGUCCACUGGCCCUUGCUACGACUGGAAGAUGGUGGUGAGCAGCGCGGCGCCCAGCGAGGAGCUUGACGCCUCCCUCUCUGGCAGCAGGAGGAAGAUCGUGUGGCCCUGCUACAGCAGUGUCCACAGGGCACAGCCUGACGCCAUGACAAAGCUGCUGGCAGAUAUUGAAAGGUUAGAGAAUGAAUUGAAUCAGACCCCAGAGAGAUGGCAGCUGACUUUGGAUAAAGUCAAAGUCAGCAUCAAAGAGGAUUUAAAACUGGAGAGCAGUCUCCACAAACAGUCGGCCGCAGUCUCAGGCCUGAUUCCCAGCAACCUGCAGCCCUUCCAGAGGAGGUCCAUGCUGCACCUGCCCGACAGCGGCCUGGGUGACGACAGCAGCCCCACGGCCUCCAAUGGGGUCAACAGGAGAGCCGCCACCCUCUACAACCAGUUCACGCCCAAGAACGAUGAAAACAGGUCGUUUGAAGGAAUCCUGUUCAAAAGAGGUGCUUUGCUCAAAGCCUGGAAACCUAGGUGGUUCGUUCUGGAUACUACGAAACACCAAUUGAGGUAUUACGACACAGGAGAGGACACAAACUGUAGGGGACACAUUGACCUGGCAGAGGUGGAAUCUGUUGUUCUCGCAGCCCCUACAAUCGGCGCACCAAAGCACAUUAGUGAGAAAGCCUUUUUUGAUCUGAAAACGACAAGGCGUAUGUACAAUUUCUGUGCACAAGACGCACAAAGUGCACAGCAGUGGAUGGACAAAAUCCAGAACUGCAUUUCAGACGCAUAACCUUGCUCAUCAGUGUGAUCUCAGGCAAUAAUAUCUUCAGGAAAAGGAGAACGGGGCUUACAAGGAGAGUUUGAAAUCUCUUCCCAAACUCUUCAGGCAUUUCCAGGAAUUAGGAUCCAGUACCAGAGAUUAAAGAAUUAAGAGAUUAAAGAGGACUAAAUUAUAAAUGGAUUGCACUGUGUACAAAAAUAGUGUAUUGACUUGUUUUAAAUGGAGAAAGUGGGAUUGCACUGGCCAUCAAAAAUGCUAAAUACAAUGUAGCAAGUGAAAAAAAAUAAUUAGACUGUGUUUAGAUGAUUCAAGUUCAAUACUGUAGAAAAAGAAAAAACAAUUGCUGCUUCCAGAGCCUUAAAAAAGACCAUCUAAAAGAGCAAAUGACAGCAGACAUGCACUAAACAAGGUAAUUGAUUGCACUUAAGCCUGUACUAUGCAUUCCAUAGUACUUUACAGAUUUAAUAACAUAAAACACCAGCAAUUCAAUGGCAUUACAUUAUAAAUAUGUACAUAUUUGACAUCCUUCUGUAGCAUUUUUUUAAUUUAAAUAAUUAAUGAAAAACCUUUGCACACUAAGGAAAAGAAUGUUUUCAACAAUUUUGUUUUAUAGUCGUAACUAGCGUUACAAAAAGGCAGAUGUUUUUGUGAAUGUUGUCAAGGUUAACUUUUUUAAAAAUGUCCCUUGUGAUGUAAAUUAAAAAUUGAUGUUAUAUAUGUAGCUUGUCUUGUAUGCAUCUUAAGCAUGGUCAAAAUCCUAAUUAUAGCCUCACAUAUGUAAAUAUGUCUUUUGGUAGCAUUUUAUACAUUUGACUUUUUUAUACAUUUGAACAGGUCAUUUUUAUCUAACCAUAACCAAAAUGAAUCUGAUUCACACUUCAGCUAUGUUUUAUCUUUUUUAUGUCCUUGACAUUUUAAAUAGCCACUAUGCCGUUUCAAGUCUGGAGUCGUCAAGCCUAGUAUGAAGGGGGAAAGACUUCAGAUUUCCCAAAUGAUUCAUUAAAACUCGUUUUUUUAUUCUUUUUCUAAAUAGCUCAUUUAAUCCAAACAUAAUGUCAUUUUUUCUGUAUGUAACAUCUUAUUGUUUGGGGGAAAAAAGGGAAAGACAGCUGGCACCUGGAAUCUGUAACAGAGAAGGUAAAUGUUAUUGUUUUCCUGUACUUGUUUUUCUUGUGACAACACUAACUUUUUGGAAAUAAAUAGAUAAUACUUGAACACG